AUGAUCAAAAAUCCAGUGAUGAGGUCUCUGUCCGAGUACUCAAGACAAGACGAAGAUCAGGCCGGCUCCUCUCAGUCCGUCGUUAAGGCUGAGGCACUGGCCGAUUCCAGUUCAAGAUCGUUCAAACGAAGGCGCUGUGAUGAGGAUGAGAGCUCUGACAUAGAGUUCAUAUCCGUACCAAGCACGUCAUCUAUUUCUUCGAAGCAACUCACGGGCAAGGGUGAAGACAAGCACUGUCGACUCCAGUCUCCCGAAGUGAUCAACCUCGUCACAGACGAUGAAACCGACCUCAAGGACCAUCCCAUCGCCGGCCCAUCCACUCUUGUACACACCCAACGCCACCCGGUCACAUUAUCUCUCUCGGACGAAGACCUUCAACUGGCUCGGAAGCUUCAGCAAGAACUGGACGAUGAAGACAGGCGUCAGAGGGAAGAGGACGAUAAGAAGAGCGCUGAAUAUAUUGCGUGGAUGGACAAGACGACAAAGGAGAUGGAUGCAAAGCGUGCCAGACUAGCCCAAGCAUUCGAUGGCAGGGAUAGCGGGUUGGUUUAUCAGGUCGUAAUCGAUGCUGAGGGAAGGACACUUGAGGGAGACGAAGAUGCUGAUAACCUUGCACACCUCGAGAUUGUAAAACGGGAUUUUGAACAAGCACUCAACGGAGGUUUCAAACUCAAGAAAGUUCACUGGUUCGUCAACCAAAAGCUUGAAGCUCGUUUCGAAAAUGCAAAGGCCCAUCUCGCCAGCCUUGGUAUCGAUGUCACAGAGAGAAACCUCUUCCACGGAACUGCCGAAACCAAUAUUCAACCUAUCCUGGAGAACGGUUUCAAGAUCGGCGGCGUGCACAAAGACCUACGUGCUGUCAACGGCACGGCAUGCGGAUAUGGCAUUUAUUUAGCGACGAACUCUUCGACGUCGGUUCCAUAUACUGCAGGUACUCCCAGAAUGUUCAUGUGCCGUGUUGUCGUUGGUCGAACAACCCCAGUCGUCGACAAGAAGAGACCGCCGAAGAAGCUCGGUUUAGGGCCAUUCGAGGCGUACGAGAGUGCCGGAGUCGUAGUCCUCAAGCACGCCGAGCUUUGUAUCCCGCGAUACCUAGCAACUGUCGAAAUCCACACUAUUUCUCAAUCACUUCCGCAUCGAUCUUAG